UCCCGACGACCGGCGUCUCAGUGUCGUCGCGACGACCGACGUCGCAUCCACCGUUCCGUUCGACGGCGAAACGUAGGUCGCGUACGAAGCCCGCGGAAUCCGAAAACAGCGCCCUCCCACGUAAUUACGCGCCCAACUUGCUUUGUCGAAGGUAGCGGGGUUCGCGCUAAAAAAAAAGAAGUUGUCUCAGCAGUUUUCGUUAUCUCGUGCCAAAAAGUUACGACGUUCCUUCAAAAUCGUCCAUCUCGGCUGCGCCUCGUCGGGGAUCGCCGAUCGCUUCUACGCGCUGAAAUGGCGCGGUGCAGCGUACCUCUCGAAAGAAUAUGGGAAAACUCUACCACACGCUUCGUGUAGAGCCAGAUGCUCGGCCGACACGGAUUCUCGAUAUUCGGAUUCGCUAUUCGCGUGGGCGAAUCAACGUGUUAAAUUUACGUUUGGUUCCGCUGAUUGAUUGUCGUUACGUUUUUUUCACGCCGACCUAGUGCAUUCUUAUGCGUUAUUUACCGUAGAGCUAUUUACCGGUGGCCCGUUCUUAUAGCGGCUCCCGUCGUCUCUUUAUCGCCGCUCAUUUAUUAUACCGUUAGGUAGAGAAUUUCUAUUUUUUUUCUUUGUUUCCAUAAUCUCUACGACCGCGAUAAAAAUUACGUUGACCCGAUAUACAUCGAGAUGUUUCAUCGGAAUUGUGACUCGUGAGUUUUUUCGAACAAGUUUGCGCCACGCGAUAUUGCGCGAGUAAGAACAGAAGAGGAGGAGAAGGUGGUGGUAGAGGAGGAGGAGGAGGAGGAGGAGACGGUGGUGGCGGAAGAGAAGAAGGAGGAGGAGGAGGUGACGGACUCUAAUUUGAGUUCGCGAAUCGCUCGUACCUGACAAUGAUCGCGCGGAAUACAUGGACGCGACAGCGUUUACGGAAACCACAGUGUCGCAAACAAGAUCGCCGGCGUUGGCAGGCGGCUCCUCGACGGUGUGAGACAUUUUGUCAAGAGUGCAGAUAGAUUUGUCGAAUUAAUUAGAAAAAUACGCGAGGAGGAAGAAAAGUGCGCGAGCGCGGGAGUCGAGCGAGUCUCGGAGUCUCGGAGUCUCGGGAGGAUUCACGAUUGUUGAUUCUUGGACCGCUGCUCGGCUACUCGCGUGGAAGAUUUAAAGUCGCGGGGAAAACCAAUCGCUUCUUCUCGAGAACAGAUCCGAUCGGUACAGAUGAGGCCGCGAGCGAUCCACAACUGUGGCGCGAAGGAGUAUCGGGAUCUUCGCAAUCGUUACUGCGAGGAUCGCUGUAUCUGACAGCUGGACGCUGACAGGAGGGACGGACAGACGGUAGUGUGCUACAGCGGCUGCAGUGUUUGCGAAUACUCGAUGGAUGAGUUCCAUCCAUUUAUCGAGGCUCUUCUACCAUUCGUGAAGUCUUUCUCGUAUACAUGGUUCAACCUACAAGCUGCCAAGAGGCGAUACUAUAAGAAACACGAAAAACGGAUGAGUUUAGAAGAGGAACGUCAGUGUAAAGAGGAACUCCAGAACGAGAAGCUGGAAGUAAAACAGAAAUGGGCCUCACGGCUUCUUGGAAAAUUGCGGAAGGAUAUAACGCAAGAAUACCGAGAGGACUUUGUGUUGAGUAUCACGGGAAAGAGACCAGCGAUGUGCGUUUUGAGCAAUCCUGAUCAAAAGGGCAAAAUGCGUCGAAUCGAUUGUCUUCGUCAAGCGGACAAGGUAUGGAGGCUGGAUCUAGUUAUGGUGAUCCUUUUCAAGGCAAUUCCAUUGGAAUCGACAGACGGCGAACGGCUCGAGAAGACUGCGGAAUGUGCGCAGCCAGGACUUUGCGUCAAUCCUUAUCACAUCAACGUUUCCGUCCGAGAACUGGAUCUCUAUCUCGCCAACUUUAUCACGAGUCACGAGGUACUUAACGGGAUCUGCAACGCUAGCAAGGAGGAGGACAGGCGUCGAAAAGGUACAGGAUACCAUGAACUAUAUAAUGGUGUCGUCUGCAAUGAUACGAUCCUUGCGACAGGUGUCUUCAGCUCCAAAGAGCUCUGGAUGCUUUCAAAAGCGUCCAUACUGCAUGACCUCAGCGACAUGCAGCCUCAAAUAAACGCGAUCAAAAUAGAGCACCCGCCGUACUACUGCAGCAGCUACACCCCACCAUCCGCAGCCACGACCGCGGAUCACGUUCAGCCGGCGGCUAGCUUCAGUCCACCACCGGUUCAUCAAUUAAUAAGGAACGAUAAGACUGAGAAGCCGCCUACAGUAACGGUUUCGAGUGCACCGACAUUUUCGUCGGUUCUCAGGCCGGAGGAUGGACAUCGAGGAAUAGAAUCCCCGCAUUCGCAAACGGGAUUGCAUUCGCCUCACGAAGGACUAACCGGUGGCUCCGGUCAAAGUAUGCCUGGACUCGCUUACUAUCAGCCGGAACAUCCUGGAUCUACAGGGGUAGUAAAGUAUCCUGAGAACGGACAUGACACUCUUUCAGACUUUGUGACAUUUGUCUGUCAAGAAGCCGAAAAUACCCAGCAACUUUCCCAGGCGCAGCUAACCGGAUCACGCACCGGUAUACAAAAGUUCCCGCAGUAUUAUCCGAGUUCGAUGUUACCGCCGCCGCCACCUGCUCCUAUGGCCAGACCAGUGGCGAUAAUAAGAUCGACGGGUGAGCUAGCAGCGACGACCGCUAACUCGCCACCAACAUCGUCCACGUCACCCACGGAUCCAGCCGAGCUAGGGCCUAACCAGGAACAGAUGACCGCCGCGGCAGCAGUCGGUCUCGUCGGUUCCGCUUGCCAAAAUUCUGUCGAAUCCGCUGGACGAAAGAGUCCCGCCAGAAUUCUCGUUACGCCGCAUACCACCAGCAGGGAAUAUACAUUUGCUCAUUUUCACUCACAACCCGGACAGCAAAUCUUCACGUAUCCGACCAUUAGCUCGAUGUCUGGAGUAAUUUCACCGACUAACUUGUCUCUAUUCUCGUCUCCUGUGUCGGUAACGAGACCGGUAGCCACUCAAAGGUCAGUCUCUAAUGUCCCACCGCGUUGGAAUACCGCGCCAUUUAUCAAUUUGGAAGACGAUUAUAACAUGAUCGCUCCGAUCAUCGCUGGGACGAACAGCGAGCCACCAGCCGCCAUGGACGAAGAACGGUAUUUUCAUCCUGUGCAUACGAGUGGCGUAGUGGAUAAAAAUGGCAGUGGUAAUUUAAUAGGCAACGAACUCGGAGUAAACACAGAUCCUGCGUCACAUCAUCACCAACAGCAGCAACAGCAUCAGCAGCAGCAGCAACAACAACAAGUACAGCAACAGCAAUCAUCUUCGCAACAGCAGCAGCAGCAAGUAAUGGCAGAUAAAUCCAACGGACCCAAGUCUCCUCCGUGACAGUGGAGUCUGAGAACGGAAAGUCUCGAAAGACUCACAAACCCGUCGUGUUUGUCAGGAUCGGUACUUAGCGUUGCAUAUAAUAAUUAUGCCGAAGUCACGGCUGAAGCCGAGUUCGAGAGUAAUUGUCAGGAAGCUAUGCCUCGUAUUCAAUUACGUGAUUUAAACUUGCGGAGAAUAGAAUGCUUAAGAGUUCGAUCUUAAUCUAUAUAUUACAAAGUGAGAGAAUAAGAAUGCUCUUUUCGAGGAAUGCAAUUGAGAAAAGAAAAGGUUCGUUGAUUCAUAUUUAUCAGAAUGGAUUAGUACUAUACAAAGUUUCAUAUUGUGACAACCUAACCAAGUAUUUUAUAGUAUAGUUUAUCAUGCGGUAGAAUUCGCGACGCUUAGAAUAGCCAUAAGUUAACGUCGCCGUGCAUGCCUUAUCCUGCUCGAGAACAGAAACUUGUCUACGUACAGUGUCUUACAAAGAAAUAUUGUUCAAGCUAUAAUGUAACGUAUUUAGAUAAAAUGACAAAUUUAAAGUUUCAAAAGUUGGUACACACAAACGGUUGGACACGAUACUACAUGAUAGUGUGGAGUAUUGUUUUGAUCUGUAGUCAACUACACAUAAACUGCACUUGUAUCAAUCGA